AUGGACAGGUGUCGUUUUCUUCCAGCUCCCGUCCGACGACGACGCCGCCACAGGGCGUGCCGUCGGAGAGGGCAUACCGUUAUCAAUUUAAGCGCAAGUACGUAUGGUUGGCUAGGUGUUUAUCCGUAUAAGGUCCCAAGCGUCGAAAGGGGAGGAGAUGAAAGCUCGAGGGUCAAUCAAGGAGAACUAUACUCCCCAGCUCACGCAAUCAAAGUGAUCAGCAACAAAGAAAACCAUGAAAGCUCCGUGGACGUAGGUCAAGGAGAGUUGUACUCUCCGGCUCACGCAAUCAAAGUAAGCAGCAACGAAGAAAACCGAGACGAAAAAUCGUCGUCGGAGCAACCAAGGACGACGUCGAAUGCGGCGGUGGGAGUGGUGGAAGCAACAAAGGAAGUAGCAAUGGACAUGAAGAGGAACUUGGGGGCCGUCAAGGAUAAGAUACUGGAGAAGCUUGCGGCACACGCACCUGCUGUUCCCGCUGAUGCUUUGGACAACGUGCGCCACUUCUUGGAGAGUGUUGUCAAGGAAGUGACCGACGCGACCGGGGUGGCGCGUGGUGUCACCACGGAUGCGUUGCACCGUAUCAAAACUCAACUUGGUGACAUGCUGCCCAACCUCUCUCCAGACGCCACCAAGAAGAUGGUGGAUGAAGCGGAAAAGGAAUUAUUAGCUACUAAUGAAGAUGGUGGCAGAUGCAAAGAUGAAAGAAACCACAAGGAAGGAAAUCAAAAACAAUCAUCGAGGCUUUGACUUUGUCCAAUAAUGAUCGAUACCUAUGCAUAUGCACCUUUCUAGCUUAUUACAAAAAUUUGAAUUCUCUUUCCCAUCCACCUCUCUAGCUUAUUACAUAAAUUUGAAGUCUUUUUCCUUUGAUGGUUCCGAGUAUUAAUUAGUUGGCCAAUACUGAUGCAGUGAUGCAAGUAUUAUUUCCUCUCUAGACAUCACAAUUGAAUAUUCCCAUAUAUUAUGUUUUA